CAAACUCAAACUGGUCAAUGGUUGGCUUGUAUGAGCUGUUCACAAACGAAUAUACGGAGUAAAAGGCAAACGCAAACUAAUCACUGCAAACAAAUAGCCCUUUGAAAAAAGCAGAGAACCAUAAUCACUGCUAACACCCUUUUCCUCUCUCUUUCUUUCCUCAACCAAAAAAAGUCAAAGAAAAAAUAUUCAAGAACUUGUCGUGCCUUUAAUUAUGGAAAAUUUCAGAUCCAAAUCAACAAGAGACGGGAGACUUCAAAUGGAGAUCUACAACGACGGCGGAGGGAGUUCCGGCGGCGGGCCACCAAACAUGAAAGACAUCAGAAGUUACAGCACUUCUUACGCAUAUACUUCAUCUUCAUCAUCAGAUACUGGAUACAAUAAAGAAGAGAAGAUGAAGAAAAGCAAGAGCAGAGUUUCUGCCAUGGGCAGUUUUGGGUCAAAGAGUGGGAGCUGGAAAAGCUUGAAUGACCCAGAGUUGCAGAGGAAGAAGAGGGUGGUGGGGUAUAAGGUAUAUUCCGUCGAGGGGAAGAUGAAAGGCUCUCUCCGGAAGAGUUUCCGGUGGAUCAAAAACACUUGCACCCAAGUCGUCUAUGGUAAUUGGUGGUGAUCAAUUUCAUCCUUUAUAUAUAAAUAUAGUUCUUUUUUCCCUUUUUCUCCUGGAUAUGAAUAUGCAGUUGUUAUGGAUCAUAAAGAUCUACCAGUUCUUCAAAUCUUGUUGUAUUUGAGUAUAUAUCGAUCUAUAUGUAUCAAAAUGUUGUGAAAAAUUGGAUCUUUUCCACUUAGAGAAAUCAUCAUCAAUUUCUUUGAGCCUCUUUAGUUUUGAUAGAUCAUAGAUGCUGUUCCUGCCUUGCUCAUAUUUGGAAGUGAAAGAUGAUCUGAUUUCAUGUAUAAAAACUACUGUAUCUGAAAAGACCUUUCUUUUUAAUGCCCAG